UUUUAAUCAUUAUGGAAAGAAAAAAUGAAAUCAAAAUCUUCAUUCAAAUUUAAUCAUAUCGAAUCAAUUCAUCGUUCGAAAUGAUGCCCAUCCUUUCGAUGAUGAUGAUGAUGAUUGAUCCAUGAUAAUUUUAGUGAUUGAUUUUUUAAACUCCCACGUUUCAAAAUAUAUCCGUUAUUAUUAUAAGCAAAAGAGUGCAAAAAAAUGUCCAUAUUUGAAUCGGAUACGAUUGAUUCCAUAAUUUCGAAAAUUAUGUUAUAUCUCAAUGAAAUCCUUGUCAUACUUGGAUUAAUUCUUUUGCUAAUUUUAUUGGUUCGAAUAUCACUUUGGUUAUUACAUUGUAAUCUAUGUAAUAAAUCAGCAGAUCAUUCGGAUCCAGAAUCCAUUACCGUGGAAUCCAGCAAUAAUGGUGUGAAAUCAAAAUCUUCGAUCAAUAUUAAAGAUGAGAAUAAUAAAAAUAAGAAGAAAUGUGAAAAAACAAAACGAAAACAAAAAGUGAAUGAAGAAGAAACAUCAGCAUCGUCGCCACCACCACCUGUACCGAAACCAGAUUUUCUUAAAGAUGAUGAUCAUUCUAAUGAACAAGAUUUGAAUCAUAAGAAUGAUUUACCAUUAGAACCGGGUCAGCCUAAAUUUCGUAUUAUAUCCGAAUCACAAUUACCUGAACAUGGUGAUGGUCAAGAUCCACAACAUUCAUUCGGAGAUGAAAAUGAUCAACAAGCCGAUAUACAGAAAUCAGUAAUCCAAAGCGAAGAAAUUUCUCCGGAUUCGAGUGAAACAGCCAACAAUUCCGAGACGGUGAUUGAUCCGAUAGUAUCGGGUGUGUCAACAAAAUUGAUAAUUAAUGAUGAUAAAGAUGAUGGAAAAAUCACUGAGCAACAACAACAGGAACCACAUACAUAUGCACAAAUAAUACGACGACAAAAUAUUAGUGAAAAUGAUAAAUCCAGCAAUCAACAACCGACAAAUGAUGAUGGGAAAGAGACAAAAGAAGAAAAUGUUGUCGUAACUAUUGAUGAAAACACAUCGGGAACGGUGGUGGCAAAUGCCGGACAACAAUCAGAUUCAAAUAUUGAAAUGCCUGUAUCUGAAUAUGCUGUCGUUGAUAUUGAAAUGAUAAAACCACUAGAACAGAAACAACAACAACAAGCCGAAAAGGUAGAAAUCCUAAAUGAAAUUGAGAAGAAAAUGAUUGUGACCGAACAGAUUGAAACGGUGGAAAUGAAUUCGAAUUCACCGGAAAAAGAACCGUCAGAACCUACAGAAGUUGAUGAACCAUUAACGGCGUCUAUCCAAUCGAAACGAUUAGAAUCACUGCCCGAUGUGGAAUCCGAACCACAAAUCGUUAAACGCGUUCCAGCACAUCGUUGUAUCUGUCCAUAUUGUUCAUCGAAUAAUAAUCGAACAUCAUCAACAACAAGUCAACGAUCAUCAAUGAUUGAUAGUGAAGAACGUGAAGUACUAAAACGAUUGGAUGAGACAUUGGAAGAAAUGGAACGUCUCAAUGAAUCAUUGGCUCCAUUAUCAAGGCAACAGAAUAAUGAAGAGGAUUACACAGAUGAAUUGGAAGCAGAAUUGUUAAAAAUUGCUCAGGAAAUUCAUGAACGAAAACAGAACCAACAAAGAAAACAAGAACUGAUCAUUGAGAAUAAAGACGAUAAUCAACAGCCACAACAACAACAGGAACGAACAAAUAAUGUUAAUGAAUCGGAAAAAUCAAACAACGAUUAUCUAUUACAAUCAUCGGAUAAUAAUAAUGUUCGUAUUUUGGAACCUAAACAACUGGAUGCAUAUUCUACAUUGAUCAGGAAUCGAAUACGUGUAUAUGAACCGGAACAUACAUACCACCCUAGAAUUGUGCCGAAUUGGAUAUCGAUGAAAUUAAGACAGAAAUUAAAUCUUUCACAAAUGACAUCUUCACCACAAUUAUCAUCAUUAUCAUUAGAUAAAUUAAAUCGUCCACAACUUCCACCAAAACCGAUGAUAAUUGAAACAAUUUUGAAAGAACAGUCUUCAUUAUCAAUGAAAGAUAAUGUACAAACUAAACAAAAACCCGAACAUAAUCGAAUAAUCGAUCGUCGUCGUGCAUUCGCUGACAAUGAUGAUGAUGAUAAUGAUAAUGAUAAUGAUGACGAUCAAGAGCCACAAUGCGCCAUCUAUGCAAAAGUAAUUGAUCAAAUUAAACAGAGAGGAAAUUUAAAUUAUCAUAACCAUAAUAAUCAUUAUACUAAUAAUCAUGAUCAUCAAAAUCAUCAACCAUUAUUGGUACAACAGGAACAAUGA